AUGCAAGUUGUUCAUCUAAUUUGCUUGUUGAUUGCUAUUCUGGUACAACACAAACUUACCAUCAAGAAUGGUCCUAAUUUACCUACUAGAGAAACUCUUUUAAAACGUCGACGUGUACGAGAAGAGUUGUUACAUAACCUUUCAAAUGGUGGUCAAUGUCGUCGGCUUAUCCGUAUGAGUGAGCAAGCUUUUAAGAAGCUAUGUGUUAUCUUACGACGUGAUGGUGGUCUUCGACCUACUCAACGAAUGUCUGUUGAAGAGCAUGUUGCAAGAUUUUUGCACAUUGUAGGUAAUGAUUUGAGAAACACAUUUGUCUCUUGGAUGUAUCGGCGCUCGAAAUCCACAACGAGUAGGUGUUUCCAUAGAGUUUUGCGCUCGGUUAUAGCAUUAGAAAGUCUUUAUAUUCAACAACCACAAGGUGAUGUUGUCCCCAAAGAAAUUCAAGAGAAAAAGAGAUUCUUUCCUUACUUCAAGAACUGUGUAGGAGCAAUUGAUGGUACACAUGUUCGUGUCAAAGUACCUAAUAGAGAUGCCCCUAGAUAUCGUGGCCGCAAGGGUUACCCAACGAUAAAUGUGUUAGCUGCUUGUUCAUUUGAUUUAAAGUUUACGUAUGUCUUAACCGGUUGGGAGGGUACUGCAUCAGACUCAAGGAUACUAAAGAAUGCGCUUAAUAGAGAUGAUAAACUAGUAAUUCCAAAUGGUCGCUAUUAUUUAGUAGAUGCGGGUUUGCCUCACUCAACUAUAUUAAUGGCGCCAUAUAGAGGUGUUAGGUAUCAUCUAAAAGAAUACUCCACUCGGGCACCACAAAAUGCUAGAGAGUUGUUCAAUCUUCGUCACGCUUCAUUACGUAAUGCUAUAGAAAGGGCAUUUGGUGUUCUAAAAAGAAGGUUCCCUAUCAUUAGAAUUGAAGAUCGUGACAAAGAUCUUGAAGAUGAGGUAUUACAGGAAGUGUUAAGUGCACCAACAGAGGAAGUUAGACAUAAUUCAAGUGGUGCGCGUGAGAGUAACAGCAUGGCAGAGCAAUUUAGGAACUCAAUUGCAAAUCAAAUGUGGACUAAUUACUUAUUGAAUACAAACAAUGAAAUAAAUAUGUCAACAUAG